CAGUCGGCUUUCCGGUGCCGGUUAGGAUACUAGUGUUCGCUCUUCUAGUAUGCAAUCAUGGCCGGCAGAAUGCUAAAAUUUAUACGUGGGAAGGGCCAGCAGCCCUCUGCAGAGAGACAGAAACUACAAAAUGAGCUGUUCGCCUUUCGCAAGACAGUCCAACACGGCUUCCCACACAGAGCUUCAGCCCUAGCCUGGGACCCUUUAUUACGACUCGCCGCCCUGGGAACUGCGUCAGGAGCCCUCAAAGUGUAUGGAAGGCCAGGCGUCGAACUUUACGGCCAGCACACAAAUCCAGAUUCGGCCGUAACACAGAUACAUUUUAUACCCGGCACAGGCCGUUUAAUAUCACUAUGCGACGAUAACAGUCUACACUUAUGGGAAAUAAACGAAAAAUCCCUUGUAGAACUAAAGUCGCACGCUUUCGAAGGCAAGAACAAAAAGAUAUCGUCGAUAUGCGUGGAGUCUUCAGGAAAGAACCUGCUCCUCGGCACAGAGGGAGGGAACCUCUACAGCAUCGACUGCAACGCGUUCACACUCAGCGAGGACGUUAUUUAUCAAGAUGUAGUCAUGCAAAACUGUCCCGAAGACUUCAAAGUGAACCCGGGUGCAGUGGAAUCAGUCUGCGAACACCCAAAAACACCGAGUCGUAUCCUCAUCGGCUACAACCGUGGUCUGGUAGUGCUCUGGGACAGGGUGGCUGCGGCGCCCACACACACCUUCGUCUCUAACCAGCAGUUGGAGAGUUUAUGCUGGAAUGAUGUUGGAGGUGAACACUUCACGUCAUCACACAACGACGGUUCAUAUGUGACUUGGGAGGUGGCGGCCGCGGCGAGCGACCGGCCGCUCAAAGAGCCCGUCACGCCCUACGGGCCCUACCCCUGCAAGGCCAUCUCCAAGAUUCUCACCCGGACCAGCGUGGACGGCGAUGAGAUUAUUAUAUAUGCAGGAGGCAUGCCCAGAUCAUCAUAUUCUGACAAGUACACUGUUACCGUACAACAGGGCGAAAAACACGUUGCCUUCGAUUUCACAAGUCGUGUGAUAGAUUUCUUCACAACAACUCCUGUACCUCCAGACGGAGUACCUCUACAAGAAACAAGACCAGACACCCCUGCACAAAUUCAAGUGCAGACAGUCAACCAAGUGGCUGCUUGCUUGGUGGUGCUGGCCGAGGAGGAACUGGUGGUGCUGGACCUGUGCGACGCGCGCUGGCGGCCGCUGCGCCUGCCCUACCUCGUGUCCGUGCACGCGUCCGCCGUCACUACGGCGCAGCUCGUCGACAACGUGGCCGACGGCGUCUACGAGAACAUCGUGGCCGCCGGCCAACAGCAAAUAGAGAAUGUUUACUCCGAAGGCCAGUGGCCGAUAUCCGGUGGUAUUGUAGAAACCCCCGAGCUCACGGACAGACAAGUGCUUCUUACUGGACACGAAGACGGUUCGGUGCACUUCUGGGACGUCACAGGAGUUGUUAUGACACCUCUCUACAAAUACACCACCGCACCAUUGUUUAGCGGUGAGGAGAUUGGCGAGAAUAACGAUAGUCAAAACGACGAAGAAGAAUGGCCGCCUUUCCGAAGAGUUGGAAACUUUGACCCAUACAGUGAUGACCCACGACUUGCUGUUAAACGAGUUUUACUAUGUCCUCUGUCGGGUAUGCUGACAAUUGGUGGUGCGGCUGGACACAUUGUUAUCGCUAGCUUAAAGACAACACCUAGCACGGCAGAAGUUAAGUCAAUCCCGGUUAAUAUCGUAUCAGAUAGGGAUGGAUUUGUGUGGAAGGGACACGACCAGCUGACAUUACGCUCCGGUCCACUCACAUUCCCGGCUGGCUAUCAGGCCAGCGCGGUGGGGCAGCUGAGCCCGCCGGCCGCGGUGACGGCGCUGAGCGCGCAGUGGGAGUGGGGCGUGGUGUGCGCGGGCACGGCGCACGGCCUGGCGCUGCUCGACGCGCUGCGCGUGGCGCCGCUCACGCACAAGUGCACGCUCAACCCGCACGAUCAUUCCGGCGCUGGUGAUACGCCAAUUUCAAGACGGAAAUCUUUUAAGAAAUCCCUAAGAGAAUCGUUUAGACGUUUACGAAAGGGUCGAUCGCAGAGACGUCAAACAACAACGUCUGCCAGUCCUACGUCACCAACACAGACGGGCGCCAAGCGGGCGGCGGACAAGCCGAGCGACGCGGACGCGGACGUGAAGCCGGUGGAGCGCGCGGUGGAGGCGCGCUCCACGGACGACGCGUUCGGCUCCAUGGUGCGCUGCCUUUACUUCGCACGCACCUUCCUCGUCAGCGCACAAAAUUCGACGCCAACUCUAUGGGCGGGAACGAACAACGGUACAGUGUAUGCGUUUACGAUACACGUUCCCAACACGAAUAAACGAAAAGAGGAGCCUGUCACAUGUCAACUUGCAAAGGAAAUUCAGUUAAAACACAGAGCACCCGUCAUUGGCAUCACAGUGUUAGAUGGAGCUGCAGUACCGCUGCCUGAUCCAUUAGAGGUGGAGCGCGGAGUGUCGCCGCUGCCGGAGAGCGGCGCGCACCGCGUGGUCAUCACGUCGGAGGAGCAGUUCAAGGUGUUCACGCUGCCCGCGCUCAAGCCGCACCACAAGUACAAGCUCACGGCGCACGAGGGCGCGCGGGUCCGGCGCACCGCGUUCGCGUGGUUCGAGUGCACGGGCAGCGCAGGCGAGAAGCACAAGGAAUGGUGCCUGCUGUGCCUCACCAACCUGGGCGACUGCCUCGUGCUGUCGCCCGACCUGCGCCGCCAGCUCAACGCGGCCGCCGUGCGCAAGGAGGACAUCAAUGGUAUUUCCAGUCUGUGCUUCUCGAAACGAGGCGAAGCUCUCUAUCUUCACUCAUCCUCAGAACUACAGAGGAUCACACUAUCUGCUACAAAGGUGACGAUAGCGCAAUGCCACGUGUUACUAUCGCCGUGGGCUGCAGCUUUACGCGGUCCACAAGAAGAAGUGCCGUUAACUAAUGGAGAACACAAGGAAGAAACCCCGGUAGAAGCACACGAUGUGACAGCCGCUUCCGGUGACAUCACGGUGGACUCUGUACGGGACCACGCUGCAGAGGCACCCGAGCUGAAUAUCAACCUGCAGAAUUCGCAAGUGAACACGACAUCCAUGGUCGUAAAGACAACAACAAGAACGAUGGUGAAUGACAACAACACUGAUGGAGGCGUCACAACAACUACAACCACAACAACGAACUCCACCAAUGAGAACAUCCUAGAGCACAGUCGCGAGGAGGGAGUCAUCACUCGCAUCGAGACGGGCACCGUGACGGUCCCGGCCGGCACCGACCCCAAGCUGAUCCUGGAGAUGUUUGACCGCCAGCGCGCGCCGCUCGCCGUGCCCGUGCCGCCCGCCGACUCCUAACUAACUGCGUCACCGACCUUCAAACUCGACAGCCCGGUCCCUGCAUUCGGAAAACUCGUUCAAAAUUAAAAUCAUUAAUUAUUUUAUUCGAAUAGGCAUAUAUUGUAAUAAUCGUAA